GCAGCUGAACUUAUUUUUCAUGUAAAACAAAAAUCCACGGAGGCCUCGCAUAUUAUCCGCACUUCAUGUUUUAGAGCUAAGGGCGACGAAGAGGGAGAAGAGGCAGAGAGACAGGGAGAGAGAGAGUGGGAAAAUUGCACUGAAAAUUAUUGUACUUAUUUCCCUCUCUCUUGCGUUUCCAUAACAACAAUUUGUGAUACAAAAGAAUGUGGAACAAGCGAGCCCAGCGCCUGAUUGGGAUGUAUUGUGUUAAGAAGGAGCCGCUGAUUGGUCUGGAAGUGCCUUAACUACAGGCAGUUUAUAUUCAUUCAGCUAACUCUAGUGGGAAAAUAAGAACGAAAUUUCAAGAUUUGUUCUCUAGCGGGUUCCAAAGGAAUUAUUGCAUUGGGCUCGUCAAAAAACACGAUAGGGAACGUGAGGCAGUUGCACGAGAAAACAAAACAAUAUUCUACCCCUUAGACCAUGGACUGUGAAUAUUGACUGCCCUCGGCUAACAUCUCAAGAUUCAAGAUGAACACAAUCACGUGUGGUUCGACUCUUUAGUGUUUACAGCAGUGUUGAAGGUUUGAACGGACAAACGGGGACGUGUACCAUCCUCCUGUGCCCACUGAUGGCGAACUGGCCCUAAGAGAGGAUACACUGGAAUACGUUUGGGAUUAAUAUGGCAUCAGCGGACAGCGAGGUUAAAACUUUGUUGAACUUCGUCAAUUUGGCUUCGAGUGACAUCAAGGCGGCCUUGGACAAAUCGGCUCCUUGCCGCCGCUCGGUCGACCACAGGAAAUACCUGCAGAAACAGCUGAAGCGUUUUUCGCAGAAAUACUCGCGGAUUCCGCGCUGUCAUCCAAGUCGACUGCUGGAUCCCAGUUCGAAGGGAGGGACGGAGGACAAGACACGAGCGUACAUCCUACAGCAUGCACCUCCCGCUGACCACGACUGUGGCGAAACGUUGUCGGGGACUAUUACGGCGGCUGGGAAACAACUCGGCAGGCAAAACCAGGUGCCCAUGAGGAAGCGGCAGCUCCCUGCGUCGUUCUGGGAGGAGCCGAGGCCGGCCAAAACCCUGCAGCCCUUGAACCUGUUUCAUGUGGAGCAGGUGGAGGCCGCGGCCGACGGUCCUGCCGGCCCGGGAUCCGAAAGCAAGCGAAUGCAAGAAUGCUCUAACCCUCCCAAACUCUCCUCGGCGCUGCCAGCCAUCCCACAGGACUGCGAGAGAGAGCCGGUGAAAUUCCACUUGGCCUCGCUGUCACGCACAAUGAACGUGUGCAGUUGCUGUCCAUUUCAGUACCAUGGCCACCGGGUUUAUCAAGGGCAGCUGUGCUUGCCUCCGUCUGGAUAUCCCGACAUUGGUAUAUGGAGGAAGGGGGGCACUCCAUCCACCGACCUACAGGCGUACUCCAAAGACUCUCCAAGCGGACAGAAAAUUCACAAACCUGUCGUUUUGAAACCCAUUCCCACGAAGCCCACUGUCCCACCCCCCUUGUACAACGUGUACGGAUUUCUUUGAUCGCCUGUAGUUCGAGUGAACUUUCAAACUUCCAGCAGGGACACUGUGAAACUGGCAGUGUUUGAGAGUGCGCUACGUCUGUCCACUUGGCGUGAUCAUUAAGCAAGUAGUUGUCGGGAUAAUAGGCGUGCAAUGGUGCCUUGUACCUGGUCGUGUAGAUACAUUCAAUGCGUCUCUCUCCCGGUAUAUGUCGUGUCUAUGCGCGCGUGUAUGAAUUAGUUUAUGUUGACGGUGUGCGUGUGCGCGUGCACGUGCGCGUGU